AUGGGUUUUGGUUUGGUUUUUCGUUGUUCCUUUUUUUCUUCCUUUCUUUUGUUUUUUAAAAAAUUGGUCAGGAAUACUCUUGAGAUUAUUAAUUACAAAUAUUUUUAUUAUUUUGGUAAUCAUAGCUGCUGGGUGUUAUCGGAUUGCGUUAGAAAUUAGUUAUUUAUUUAUUUAGUUAGUUAGUUAGUUAGUUAAUUAAUUAUUAUUAAAAAUGAAGAUUUUAUUAUAAUGUUUAAAUUGGAUAGUUUUUAUUGA